UAUAUCAGAGUUAUCUUUAGAUUCAACCCUUCAUGCCAUCAAUCUGCAUUGUAAUAACAUCUCCAAGAUCACAGCCAUUGAUCACAUUUGGAACCUACGACAUUUAGAUCUGUCAUCCAAUCAAAUAAGUCAAAUUGAAGGGCUAAACACAUUGACAAAACUAUGCACUUUAAACUUGUCCUGCAAUUUGAUCACAAGAGUAGAAGGACUUGAAGCACUGGUUAACCUGACUAGACUGAAUUUGUCUUAUAAUAACAUAAAUGAUCUUAGUGGGUUGAUGUCUCUUCAUGGACUGAAGUAUAAACUUAGAUACAUUGACCUACAUAGUAACUGUAUAGAUAGUAUCCAUCACUUACUUCAGUGUACAGUAGGCUUGCACUUCCUAACCAAUCUCAUUUUAGAGAAAGAUGGAGAAGGUAAUCCUAUCUGUCUUAUACCAGGGUACGGAGCAAUCAUUCUCCAGACUUUGCCGCAACUGAGAAUCUUAGAUUGUAAGAACAUAUUUGGUGAGCCAAUAAAUCUGGAAGAAAUAAACUCAUCACGCCUACAGUGCUUAGAAGGACUUUUGGAUAACUUAGUUUCUUCUGAUUCCCCCCUGAAUAUAAGUGAAGAUGAGGUAGAUGUUAAUGUCACAACACCAUCCACGGAUAUAUUGCCCACAUUGGAGGAGUUUAUCAGUACACCGGAAGAUAAUGUUUUGACCUCUCUUUUAUCUGUGUGUCCAUCUUCUGAACCAGAAAAAAUUAAUCAUGAAAACGAUUAUCAGAAUGAGAUGAAACUUCAGAAAUUAGAUAAUCAAAUCUUACAGCUUCUCAAAGAAACUUCUAAUUCUUUAAUAGAUAAUGUUCCCGAGAAAGACCACAGAGCAAAAAGAGACACAGACGUAACUUCUGAAAGUGACUGUGGAAACAGAAAAGAGUGUACUCGAAAAAUUCCUAGAAGAACAAAAACCCCAUAUUAUGCCAGAACUAUUCAAACUAUUAAGCACCACAAUAAAAACAAUGUUGCCUUUGGAAGUUGUAAUCGAAAAAUGAGACAGCCUAACCUUAAAGAUUUAUAUGUUAGAUCAUCUUUGGUAAACUGUAAUGCUUUAAGAGACUUAGAUGAGCAGAAGACUGACAUAAUUAAAAUAGACAACAACAGUGUCUCGGAUGACAACACUUACCGGUCCCUCUUGGAACAGUUAGACCAAGAGAGAGAGAUGAGAUGGAAAGCAGAGGAAGCUGAAAAGAAACUUAUGGAUUAUAUCGAUGAGUUGCAUAAGCAUGCAAGUGAGAAAAACGAUAUCCACAGCCUGGCUAUCAUUACCACAGAUAGGCUAAAGGAUGCUAUUUUUAAGGAGAGAAAUUCCAAGGCUCAACUUGAAAUUAUAGUUCACAAACUCCAAAAUGAAGUUAAAAAACUAACUAUUGAAUUAGUGAAAGCACGGGAUCAACAGGAAGAUCACAUCAGACACUUGAGAACCCUGGAAAAGGCAUUGGAAAAAAUGGAGAAGCAGAAAGCACAGCAGCAGCAGGCACAGAUGAAACUUAUCCAAGAGGUGGAGCUCAAAGCCUCAGCUGCUGAUCGAGAAAUAAGCUUACUUCGAACUUCCCUGCACCACGAAAAGGAACAAGUGCAACAACUUCAUGAACUUCUGGCAUUGAAAGAACAGGAACACAGGAAAGAAAUUGAAACUAGGGAGUUUUUCAGUGAAACUGAGUUCCAGGAGGCAUUAGCCAAAGAAAUGUCCAAAGAAGAAAGAAAGCAUGAUCAAGAAGUAAAAGAAUACCAAGAAAAACUCGAUAUAUUAAACCAGCAGUAUCUGGAUUUAGAAAACGAAUUCCGUAUUGCUUUAACUGUUGAAGCCAAAAGGUUUAAAGAUGUUCAAGAUGGUUUUGAAGAUGUUGCAACUGAGUUAGCCAAGAGCAAACAUGCUCUUAUUUGGGCUCAACGCAAAGAAAAUGAAUCUUGCUGUUUAAUUAAAGAUCUCACCUGUAUGGUGAAGGAACAAAAGACAAAACUCUCAGAAGUCUCCAAAUUGAAACAGGAAGCAGCAGCAAAUUUACAGAAUCAAAUGAACACUCUUCAAAUUUUGAUUGAAGAUGACAAGCAGAAGAGCAUUCAAAUAGAAAUUCUUAAGCAUGAAAAAACCCAGCUUAUUUCUGAGCUAGCAGCCAAGGAGUCGCUGAUUUAUGGUUUAAGGACAGAAAGAAAAGUAUGGGGACACGAAAUGGUACAUCAGGGCUCGUCCGUAGCCCUGAGUCGUGGGAAAUUAGAAGCCCAAAUUGAAAGUUUAUAUAGAGAGAACGAAUCCCUGAGAAAAGCCCACGAAGGUGACUGUGAUGCAUUGAGAAUAAAGUGCAAAGUCAUCGAGGACCAAACUGAAACCAUCAGAAAACUAAAAGUUUGUUUACAAGAAAAAGAUGAGCAAAUCAAAUUACUACAAGAAAAGAUCACUCUCAUAGAAAAAUGCACUCAAGAACAACUUAAUGAAAAAUGUUCACAACUAGAUAAUGUAAUGGAAAAACUAGAAAGACACAAUGAGAGAAAGGAAAAACUAAAACAGCAGUUGAAAACAAAGGAAUUUGAACUUGAAGAAAUCAGAAAAGCUUACAGUACACUAAGUCAGAAAUGGCACGAUAAAGGAGAACUACUCUGUCAUCUUGAAACACAAGUAAAAGAAGUAAAAGAAAAAUUUGAAAACAAGGAAAGGAAACUUAAAGCAGAGAGAGACAAAAGUCUUGAGCUACAAAAGGAUGCAAUAGAAAAGCUUCAAAGCAUGGACGAUGCCUUUAAAAAACAAGUUGAUGCAAUUGUUGAAGCUCACCAAGUUGAAAUAGUACAACUAGCAAGAGAGAAGCAGAAAUACGUUAAUUGUGCAAAUUUAAAGGUUCACCAAGUUGAAGAAGAAAUGCGAGGACUUCUGGAAGAAACAUGCAAGAACAAAAAAGUAAUCGAAAGAAAAAUUAAGCAACUUGCUUGUGCUCUAACUGAAAUUCAGAAAGAAUUGUGAUGUUGGUGGGAACAAAUUUAAUUGAAAUGGAUCAACAGACCUAUUGUAAAAAUGAUUAAAUACUGUAACAGUAGUAACUGCUAUGACUUUGAAAUGUCUCUUUCUACACAUUUCAUUAUGAAUAUAUUUUAAGAGACUUGAAAUAUUGUAUGUGUAGGCUUUUUAUAAUAAACUUGAUAUAUAUAUUAUCAGAUA